AUGAAUUUCAGAUGGGAAGAAGUGCGCGAGCUUGUAGCAAAUAAACGAAAAUUAUCAAUAAAAUGUGGGGAAAAUUUAGUUACAUCUGUCUUCUAUUUUGAGGACAAUGAAAUGUGUAAUUACGUAUCUACUGUACUUAGUUGGAAGUGGAGACAUGCACGUACAGACGCGCUACAACAAAGAAGUGCCAGAUUAAGCGUUCAGAAUUUGCAGGGUGCCCUUCCCUCAUUCAGCCAAGCACCAGGCUCAUUUACACGUCGAUCCAAUACAAAUGUUAAUUCCGUACGUCCAAAUUCUGAAAUGAUUGUAGGUUCUGAAUUUACAGCUGGAGGUGCUUCACAGUUCAUACCACCCCAACCUUCAACACCUCAGUUAACAAUUCGUACAGAUCAGAAUAGCCAAUCUACUGUUAAUUCCAUACAAUCCUGCAAUCCUAUUCGGCCUCCUCAAUCUAAUUGUAAAAAUAUUAGAGUUAUGUAUUGCAUUCGUAAUUAUUUAGCAGCCCUUUCUGCAUCCCGUUCAAUUUCUAUAGGCAAAAUAUUGCCUCCAGCUUCAACUGAUUUUAUGGCUGGUGGAUCAAACAGUUCCUCAGCUCUUCCAUUUAUUCGGACUCAGAUCACAAAUGUUACUGAUAAGGUUUCGCCUCCAGUCGCUGGCACAUGUUCAAGCAGUGCAUCAACAUUUUAUGUGCCAGCAGUUCCUCUACAAUUCCCUGGCACAGCAGUGCAGCAACAAAAAACUUCAAAUGGAAGUCAAGAGGAUUGGUUACGCCAUGAACAGCAUGAAGUGCUUAAACGAAUGCUGACUGAAAGACGUCGACUUAAUAAAAUUGGUUCCAGUCUUGAAAUUAAUACUUUGGGAAAGAGUGUUUCAGCAGCAUCUGGAGCUAAAUGCAAAAAACAUCAAAUUGGAGGGGCAUUAAAUGCUAAUAAUUUUGUUGCCGAUGUCAACAAUUUUUCGCUAACGCGCAAGAUAUUUACAUCUACACCAGAUCUACAUUCCGCACGUUUAAAUCAGCAGCAACAACUUGCAAGCUUUCAAUUAUUACAGCAACAACAACCUCAAUCACAGCCUCAAACACCUUUACUUCCUCCCUCUCAAAUGAAUGGCUCUGGAGGUCAUCGUAUUGUUCCAGGCCAAACGUCGCUUUCCUCUGUUGUUUACCCACCUCCAAUCGCUGGGAAUAAUGUUAAUUUGUUGCCCCCUUAUUGCCCACCUUCAUCUACGACCACAUCUCAUCACAAUAUUAAUCCAGACGUUGGAAGCAGUAGCAAUACAUCCUUUUAUCUACAAAGCAGUCCAAUCGCUCUGAGAAAUGGGACCUUCUCUCAAGGACAAGUAAUCGACGAGAAUGGUCAGCAACAAACUAUAAUCUAUCCAAUACCGCCAGAUGCUGCUUCGUAUGUCCAGCCGCCACCCUCAUCUACAUCAAUUAUGGAACAAAUAUUGCAGCAAUCACCCCAAUUGGGACAUGUAUCAGCCCUUCAAAUUCCCCCUCAACUUACCGCACAGGGUUACCCCCCAACAACCAAUUCACCACCUUCCCCGGCAGCUAUCCCUUUACAAGAAGAAAGUCGGCGAUCUAGUCCAAAAUCGAAUGCAACUUCGUCACAUUCGGAAACGCAAAUGACAAAUAAUGGUGUCAAUAGCAGUGUUGAUCAAUCAAAAUCUUUGCCUGAAUUUGCAGAAAUUGAAUUUUCCGGAAUUCCAGCAAAGAGUUUAUCAGCUGACUAUUCAGUCGCUGUCCGAUCGCACAAUUUGGUUAGAAAUAGAGGCAGCAAAAUCUAUCCGUAUAAUGAAAAUAGAUUAAAAUUGGCUGUUACAAAUUCGAAUCCAGAUGGUUACAUUAAUGCUUCAGAGGUUGUAGUUCCCAUUGGAAGGAACAUACAAUUGCGUUAUGUUAUCUCUCAAGCACCCAUACAGAAAACUAUUGAGGAUUUCUGGCAGAUGGUUUGGCAAACUGGAGCAAGAUUAAUUGUAAUGCUGGUCAAUCCUCACCAGGUCAACAAAAACGACACAAUCCCAAGUUAUAUUCCCAGCCAGGCUAAAGCUAAAUUAACCGUUGGAGAUUUUUUCCUCCGCCUUAAGAAUGUCAGCCAGCCAGCUCAAAUGCAGAUGUUUCAACAAACAACUACUUUUACUCUUGCUAGACAUGGCGAGCGACGUACAAUUUAUCAUUUAUAUUGUGCUGAUUUUACUGAACAAGGAGUUCCAUCAUCUAUGGAUACCUUUAUUGGACUUAUUGAUGCAGCCUCGUGUCUUAAGAGACAUAUACAAAAUGAGAUCAAAACAAAAGAGGAUCACAACAAAGAUUUAAAUGAUGCAAAAGGGACACCAUCCUCAGUUGUUGUCAGCAAAUCCAACUCUAAUACAUCUAAAGACAGCCGGUCAAGUGACACUUCUCGCUGUGAACGAGCUCAGUCUUCAGAGAGUGGUGGCUGGGCCAGAAAGAAACUUCGUUUUGAUCAAAAUGGGUCUUCAAUCAAACAAUCAGCUAACGCAUCACCUAAACAUCAGCAACAAAGCAUUGAUGUACAACAACAAAAUGCUAGCCAGGGACCUCUGACUAUUAUCCAAUGUACCGAUGGAGGUAGCGAUAGUGGACUUUAUUUGCUCUCUGAAGUGCUAAUCCGUAGCAUGGAAAAUAAUAUUACCUUGGAGGUUGCACAACUUCUUAGAGACCUGAGAUAUCAACGGAUGUCACUUGUCAAAAAUCCCCAACAAUACAAAUUUAUUUAUGAUCUUGUUGCAUUUUAUGAACGUAAAAAUAGACUUGUUUGA